AUAAUAAAAAUUCUCCCGAGUAUUACCUAUAGGUUUCUUAGCUCUAAGGAUAAAAAUAUAUAUAUCCUACCGGAGAUUAUAUUUAACCUUUCGCUUAUUCUUAGUCCUUAUAUCUUCUUACUAGGGUUACUUUUUAUAGAUUAUACCUUUAAGAGAGUUAAUAGUAAGGAGAUCUUAAUAUCUAUAAAGUAUAACGAGCUUUUAUUACUACUUAAUCUAGCUCUAGAUAAUAUACCGAUUAAUAAGAAUCUUCUUAUUAUUAUCUAA